CUUAUGGUAUUUGACACAUUAUGACUAUUUAACUUAUUCACAUUAUGAUUUCUAGAACAUAGGAAUCAUUAGUUUUAACUAGAUGACAUAGCUCAUUGUUCCUGAAUAUGAUGUCACUAUCUGGGAUCAGCUCAGCCAGACUUGUUUAAAAUGUCAGAACAUUUUAAGCUUGUGCUUUCAUGUGGCUUAGUGAAGAGAGUAGAGAAGGCUCUUUGUAGCCUGCCAUAAUUUGAUUUAAUCAUGAUUAGAUUAGGUUGAGUUUAUGGAGUACAUGUAUAUGGAACAAGGGCCUAGGGGAACCCUGCUGGUCUGGCUCAGCAUGGUUGUUACCACCUGACCACCAGGGCACUGGCCAUGGCAGGGUUGAGCUCAGCUUCUCAUGGAAGGAGAAGGUAAGGUAAGCAGGCUCUUGAGUUCCUCAGUUCAUCUUGACCUCUUCAAAGCAUCUGGGACUACAAGAGCCUGCCUCAAAACCACCUCCACCUUCACAGUUUACAAGCUGAGGGCUUUGGGGACAGUCUGUAUCUAGUGUGAGGUCUGCAACCUCAGGGCCAAGGCUGGGAAGUCAGUGCUGUUGUGCUCAGUAGCUUGGCUGAACCGAGAUCACCGUGGACAGAGUUUCUGGGUGACAUGGAGGACAGUCUUGGGAGCUGAGGCCGAGGCUGGAUUUACCCUGUAGAUUGGAAGGCCAAUCUGAGCCUGGCUCAUGGCUUUGGUUAGUGUGGACAGAGCCUGCACUGGAGUCUUCAGGAAAGCCUAAAUAGAGCUUCAGAGGCCAAGCAAGAUGAAAUCUGAGCCAGGCUUCCUUCAGAACUUGCAGGCUGUGGCACCUCUGGAAAGUCACAGCUAUACUGAGACUCAGUUUCCUCAUAUGUUACAGGGAUUAAAACUAGAUCCUGCUGGGAGGUGAGAGAGAUGGAUGGAGAAGAUGCAAAGGGUAUAGUUAGUACCAAAUAUCUCACAGGCACUCCAGGGUGGAUAGUGCUUCCUAUUAGGCUUCUCUAGGUGCACAGCACUGAUCUGCCUUCUGUGGGCAGCAGGGAUGGACAGGCAGCCAGAAGAGCCCAGACAAAAGGAGACACACAAGAACAAAGAUUCUGCCUCCCAGAGCAGGUCAUGGGGUGCUUGAAAUGGGAGGAAAAUUUGCAGGAAGUCUUAUUGAACUAAGCUCAUCUCUCCUGCCAUGUUAGGUCUCCCGAGUUAAAGAUGCCCUCUAUGAAUGGUGGAACCUGAUGAAGAGGGCACACUGUGUUUUAACAAUUGUCUGCAAAGCCCUUCAGUUGGCUGCAUUUUCACAUGCAACCAGCAGAGGGCAGAGCAGACCCAUGCAACACCUGUGAAAGGGCCCCUUUGAAAGUUCUGCUCAUUCCAGAAGAGACAAUGAGACUCUGUAAUUGAUGUAUCACUUUCCUUACCUACACUAAGGCUCCUGGAUGCCUUAGUGUACCCGUGCCCCAGAACCUUCCUGUCCCAUAUAAUUCUUCUCUGUGGAAAAGAGCCCCUCCCUUUUUUUUUUUAAAGAAUAGGAACAAACACAAAAUGUGAUUUUAUGCAAGGCCUGCAGCACCAAUCAGCUAAGAACUGUCUUUAUUUUACAAAUUCAGUCAUUUAUUUUACAAAUGUAAUGACUGAGGCCUGUUGCAAGGUAACUAUGAUCAACAAGUUACAGAGCCCAGUUAAGUGUUGAGGUAAAUUCUGUAUGUGUAUGUUCCGUCUUCCCCCUGGCCUGCUUUGAGGUGUAAAAGCCUGGUCCUUAUGACAGGAGAGGCAGGAGGAUGGCUUCCCACCCCUCCAGUGUUAGAGGUGGUGGUGGCUGGCACCACUGCCUCUGCUGAUCUUAGAACAGUUAUCUUAGGGUCUAAAGUGGAGGAGAGCCAGAAAAUAGCCCUCUCAGGGACUUCAGGGGUCUUUCUGCUUAAAGACACCAGCCCAUAUCCCCCAUUGUGGCAUGCUAUAUAGACCCUGUCCAGCACUGCCUUGUGGAAGUGUGUAAGUCAAUGGCCUUGCAUAUUGUAUCACUACCAUUACCUAAUCCCAUGAUAUUUUUAUCAUUCCUCCAAAGAAACCCUGUAUAAAGCAGUCACUCUCAGUUUCUCUCUUUCUCACCUGCUAGAGGUGACUAUUUACUUUUUAUCUUGAUGAUUUGCCUACUCUAGACAUUUAAUAUAAUUAGAAUAAUUCAAUACUUUUUUGUACCUUUCACUUAGCAAAACACUUUCAAGGUUUAUCUCUACCAUAGCAUGUAUCCUUAACUUUCAUCUUUUCUUAUGGCUAAGUAAUGUGUACAUUUUGUUUGCUCAUUACUGAAACAUCAGGGCUGGUUGUAUCUUUUGAUCUGAACAGCUGUGUACAAGCUUUGGAAUGCCUGCUUCCACUUGUUUUAGGUAAAAAGCUAAGAAUUGAAUUGCAUCAUAAGAACAAUUUUUUUGUUUAAUAUUUUGAGGAGCUCCCAAAGUGUCUUCCAAAAUCGCUGUACUAUUUUUCAUUUUAAUCAGUGACGCCUGAGAGUUCCAGUUUCUUUGUGUGCUCAGUGCUUGUUGCUGUUUCUUUUGCUUGUUAGUUACAGUCAUCGGAGUGGCACCCUAUGAUAGUGUUGCUUUAUAUUUCCAUGGUUGACAGUGCUGUUGAAUCUUUUAAUGUGUAAAUGGAUGUUUGUUUAUCUUCUUUGCAUGUUUGUAUGUGUGAAUACGGACAUGUGUGUGGCACUGAACACAUGUGGAGGCCAGAGGAGAACCUCGAGUGUCAGUAGUCACCUUCCAUCUUGUUUCAUACAGGGCGUGGAUUGCCAGUGCGCCCCAGUCUAGCUGAUGAGUGAGAUUCAGGUUCUCCUAUUUCCUCUUCCCAUCUGGACAGAGGACAGCUGGGACUACAGAGUGCUGCUGAGCCCUGCUUUACCUUGUUCUGGGGUUGCAAUCUCAGGCCCUCACACUUUCCUCACUGAGCCAUUUCCUCAGCCCCUGCUUUGCACUUUAUUUUAUUCUGAAAGAUAUAUUUUUUAAUUCUUUGAUUCUUCUUCUUACCUUUAUCUAAUUUCGUGUUUUUAUUUUAUAAACAGAUUUUCUUUGUGUGUGUCUUGCUCUGCUUUCUUUCUCUUCUCUCCCCCUUUUAUUUAACCUUGCUUCUUCACUUUUUCUUUUCUCUGGGCCUCCUUUAUUUAAUCUCCUUGUUUUUAUUUUUGUCACUUUUAUUAAUUGUCAACAUUAGAAUUUUAUAAUUUCCCCUUUGAUUUCUUUCCUAGGGCCAUUGGUGAUAGAGUAGCUGGACUUAACUGAUUGAUUUUUUUUUUCUUUUUUUGGUCAUGCUUGUGUAUGUGGUUCCUUCUGGUGAUUUGGUUCUUUUUUAUGAGUGGCCGUGGAUCUUCAUCAGAACUUGGGAGAAGCCGCCGGUGCAGUAGCCAUGUCACUGUGCUCUUUGGCCUUCACCCUCUUCUUGACUUUUGUUGCUGGUAUCAAGUGCAAUGGGACAGAAGUGUGCGCUGGAAGCCCCGGUAUCCCUGGCACUCCUGGAAACCAUGGCCUACCUGGCAGAGAUGGAAGAGAUGGUGUCAAAGGAGACCCCGGACCUCCAGGUCCCAUGGGCCCUCCUGGAGGAAUGCCAGGUCUCCCUGGGCAUGAUGGGCUGCCUGGGGCCCCUGGUGUACCUGGAGAACCUGGAGACAAGGGAGCACCUGGAGAGAGGGGCCUUCCAGGGUUUCCAGCUUACUUGGAUGAGGAGCUCCAGGCUGAACUCUACGAGAUCAAACAUCAGAUUCUGCAAAUGAUGGGAGUCCUCAGCUUGCAAGGAUCCAUGCUGACAGUGGGAGAGAAAGUCUUCUCCACCAAUGGUCAGUCAGUCAGCUUUGAUACCAUUAAAGAGAUGUGUACCAGAGCAGGUGGCAACAUUGCUUCCCCGAGAAGUCCAGAGGAGAAUGAGGCCAUCUCAAGCAUCGCAAAAAAGUACAACCUCUAUACCUACUUGGGUGUGAUUGAAGAUGUUAAUUCUGGAGUUUUCCACUACCUGGAUGGGGCUUCUGUGAACUACACCAACUGGUACCCAGGGGAGCCUCGGGGCAAAGAGAAGUGUGUGGAAAUGUAUACUGAUGGGAGAUGGAAUGAUAGGAACUGCCUGCAAUACCGGCUGGCCAUUUGUGAAUUUUGAUCAACCACUUAGAUGAAAAAGAUGAAAUCUCACAUUGUCUUUUAGCCUCUAUCCUGAUGAUCCAUCUGAUUUGUAAGAUCCUGAAGCUCCCUUUCAACCAAAUUUCUUUGUGGUUAUCAGAAUUAAAAACAUCUCUAGUCACCCCAUCUCCCCCAUGGGUCCCAAACUGUUCUCUAUAAUCAUUUUACAUCCUGAAUGUCUCCCUAGAGUCUCUCCUGAACAUUCACUCAAGGCAGCCACUGCCAACAUUGGCCUUCACUGUGAAACAGAUACUUACUUUUCCCCUCAUCUUGUCCAGUUUCUUCAUUUAUAAAUGGUGGCCAUGAGACUCAUUGUGGAAGGAACUUUUUAAAUUAUGCAGAAAGUGCUCCCCCCGCCGACCCUUCUACCUUUCUUCUGCACCUCACCCUUUAACUGUCCCAAGAUUUAGAAGUCUAGGUUAAACAUAAAGAUAUCCACAGAAGAUUUCUGGGAAAUACCUAGUGUAUGGAGUUAUCCACAUUUAGUAUCAUCUGCAUCCAUGCUUUCAAGGCAAAUUUGGUCUCUCAAAAGUCAGAGAACCAGAUAGGGACAUAGCUUAAUACUGGUGGAACAAAACCUCUCUGGUUAGCAUGUAUGACACCUUCCCUUGGGUCUGGAGGCUAACUUGCUCCCUUGACUUAACCUUGGAUUUUGAGAGAACCAUCUUUUCCAUCCAAGACCCCAACUUAAGUUAUUUCCUACUAAUAGAUAUAACUACAUUUCAUUUCAUAUUACUGAGGCAUGAAUGACACUAACCUCAUUCUGUUUUCUCUUCUUGUUAACCCUCAGCUAUUUCAUUAAAAGCAACUGUGUUCCAGGUGUUAGUCUGUCUUCUGGUGAUUCUUGAGAACAACUCUUUUCUUUGAGCCCAUUUCUUCAUCUAUGGGAUGGAAAUAAAGUAAUUAUUAUAUUUACUCUACCUGUCAAAAUAAUUGCCCAUAACAAUUAGUACAGCAAAGACUGUUAAUCACAUGCUAUUUUCCAAGUACACUGAUAAGCACUGAUAACAUAGCUGUUAGGCAUCAUUAAUCUUUAUA